AUGCAACGUUUCGGCGCGAUCGGCCAGUGCCGAUUGGCUGCGCGUCGGUGUGCCGCGCCGAUGACGGCAGCUGUCUCUAGGUUCCCUCGCGGUAUCCAGGGAGGCUCACGGGCGUUCCGUACUUCCUCUUUCUUCUUUUCAAAGCCGGAUGGCUCAUUAGUGAACCCGAAUGACUUCCAGGAACCUAGCGAGGCGUCACGAAAGCUGUUCUCUGAGAUUGCGUUUGCUUUCGACAUCGAUGGCGUCCUAUACCAGGGCCGAAAUAGGGUGGAGGGAGCUGAGAAGGUGAUCAAGAUGAUCCGCAGCAAUGGCAUCCGAUAUGUCUUCCUAACAAAUGGAGGCGGCGUACCUGAGGUCAAGAAGGCCGAUACUCUUCAAGAACGCCUGCAGAUUGCCAAGCACGACGACGUGAUACGUGGGAGAAUGAUCUUGUCACACACGCCCAUGAGCGCCUGGAGUGACGAGCUCAAGAAUCACGGCACAAUCCUGAUCACAGGCUCUCAUCCCGAGCAGGCUCGCCAGAUCGCUCUCGAUUAUGGCUUUAAACGAGUCGUCACUCCUGCGGACAUCCUCGCUGAGUGUAAGGAUGUGUUCCCGUUCGAUCACCUAGAAGGUGACAUAAACGGAAGACCUGUGCCAUUGCCCGAUGGAAAGCGAAUUCCUCUUCUCAAGGAUCCUUAUACGACAAAUAUCCCACACAAUGCUCUCAAGAUUGACCAGAUUUUCGUCUGGAACGACCCAAGGGACUGGUCCGUUGAUAUUCAGAUCAUCCAUGAUCUCCUGAUCUCACAUGAGGGUUAUCUCGGUACCAUUUCGCACAGGAACGGUGAUAAAUCAUUGCCAAACAAUGGCUGGCAACAGGACAACCAACCCGGACUCUGGAUCUCCAACAUGGAUCUCCUAUGGAAGACGAAUUAUCCCGUGAACCGGUUCGGUACUGGGGCGUUUAUGGAGGCUCUCAAGGGAGUAUGGUCGAUGACAACAGACGGAAAGGAACUCGAGUACAACGCCCUGGGAAAGCCUUCCAACUAUACAUACAAGUACGCCCACGACAGGCUACUACAGUACUACCAUGAUAUGUCUUGCAACAGGGGCAAGAGUCCCUCGCACGACAUUACAAAGUGUCACCCUCUACGACGCGUUUACAUGAUCGGUGAUAACCCCGAGAGCGACAUCCGAGGUGCCAACGACUUCAACGCCGAGGACGGGACGGAGUGGGUGCCCAUUCUGGUUCGAACUGGCGUCUGGCGACAGACUCUGACGGAUAAGGAGCCGCGCCACAAGCCUGCGGUUAUUGUCGACGAUGUGGUUGACGCUGUGGUUUGGGCACUUAACAACGAGGGCAUGAAGGCGACAAGGGAGUGGCUCCUAUCGGCGAUCUCGCAUACGAAGGGCUAUGUCAAGGUGCCGGAGCUGGAGCAGACGGGCAGUGUUAAGGAGACGGGAGUUAAGUAUCCUAGUGAAGAGGAAGCCGGCGAGGCGAAGCUUUAG